UCUCCCUCUCUCUCCCUCUCUCUCCCUCUCCCCCUUCUCUCUCUCUCUCACACACACACACGCGCGCACACAACACACGCACACAACACUCACGCACACGCACGGAGCAUCCUCCCGUCAGGUCUUCUGGUCCAGCCCCACCCGCGCCUCCUGCUUCCUACAAACCUCCAUCUCUCCCACAAAACACCCCCCUCCCUCCAGCUCCCGGGCCCUCCUUGCCAACCCCCACCCCACUCCCAGGAUGGAGCGGAUCGAGCCAGCCCGGAGUCCCCCGCGGCCGGGGUGACGGCCCCCGCCCCUCUCCCGCCCGGCCCCCGCCCGGAGCACCAUGGGCCCGAGGGUUUCCUUAGGUGCCGGACGCUGAAGAUGACUGAUGCUGGAGCUCUCUGGAGUCAUGGCUUCUUCAAAGCUCCGAGAACCUGCCGAUGAGGUUUUUGACCUGGACUUGGCCGUGCCAGAGACUGUCAGACUGGACAGCAGUUUACACAAAGCCCGGGCCCAGCUGCUGGCCAAGGGCCGCAGACAUCGGCCUUCCCGCUCCAGGCUCCGGGACAGCGCCAGCUCUGCGGAGGAUGGCGAAGGCUCCGAUGGGCCUGGAGGCAAGGUGACCGACGGCUGCGGGAGCCCCCUGCACCGGCUGCGCUCGCCUUUGCACUCGAGUCCGGGGUCUCCGGCUGUGGGCUCGUUCUGCCUGGAUCCUCCGGGGCUGCGGCGCAGCCUAGACGAAGACGAGCCACCACCCUCGCCGCUCACCCGCUACCGGCCACUGCACAACGCCGCUUCGCACGAGGGCCUGGCCGCCGCCUCCAGCUCUCCACCUCGCUCGGCGCCCUCCUCCGACAGCUCGCCCAGCUUUGUACGCCGCCACCUGCGAGCAGAGCCGCACAGCGAAGAUGACAGCCGAGAUGCCAGCCCACCUGAGCCUGCCAGCCCCACCAUUGGCCUGGACAAGAAGACUCGCCGGAAGUUCCUGGACCUGGGGGUCACCUUACGCCGAGCAUCCACUAGCAAGAGCCGGAAGGAGAAGGGCAGCAACCGCCUGUCCAUGGGCAGCAGGGAGUCGGUGGAGGGGUCCAGCAGGUCAGGGGGCUCCCCGUUCCUGCCCUUUUCCUGGUUCACGGACAGCGGCAAGGGCUCGGCGUCCUCUGGCAGCACCACCUCCCCUGCCUGCUCCCCUAAACACGAGAGCUUCAGCCCUAAGAAGUCAGCUUCUCAGGAAUCCACCCUGAGCGACGACUCCACGCCCCCCAGCAGCAGCCCCAAGAUCCCGAGCGGCCCCCGGCAGGAGGCCAAGUGCUCCUACCCCUACCACACGCUGUCCCAGUCUUCGGACGAGUUCCUGGAUGAGCCUCUCCCCACGAUCCACCACUGGACCAGUCAGCAGGUGGGCCAGUGGCUGCACAGCCUCAACCUGGAGCAGUACGCCGCUGAGUUUGCCGCGCGGCAGGUGGACGGGCCGCAGCUGCUGCAGCUGGAUGGAAGCAAACUGAAGAGCCUGGGGCUCAGCAGCUCGCAUGACCGGGCGCUGGUGAAGCGGAAGGUGAAGGAACUGGCGGCGGCUGCUGAGAAGGAGCGCAAGGCCCAGGAGAAGGCUGCACGGCAGCGCGAGAAGCUCCGGCGCAGGGAGCAGGAGGCCAAGAAGAGCUAGAGGAACGUGAGGCGGGCACGGCGCCCAGGCACGGGCAGCUACCGGCUCGGCGGGCACAGGCCUCCCCAGGGAAGCAGGGCCCGGGCGCCCAGCUUGGGCUGGCCUGGCCCCACGCUCUCAGGGGUACUUGCCCUCUCUCACCUCGUCACCCUGGACCAAGAUCCCCCAGAAAGGGAGACCCCAGGGAGAGGGCCCAGUAAUAAAUCAAUUUCGAGGACUUCCGGCACGGAGUUCCUGGGGGAGGUAGCGGAUUAUGGGAAGAGGGCAGAGGGGCGAGGGCUGAAGCCAGUCCAGGAGCCCAGAGGCCCCUGGGUCGGUCUGACGCUCUGUCCUGGGGUCACAGUGGUGCGGGGGCGGGCAGUGAGCUGGGACGCCUGCCUGUCAGCCCUCCAGAGGCCCUGCCAUGGGGCCAGGGACCCAGGGCUCAGAGGGGGCUGAGCCUCUCGGCAGGAGUAGGCGGAUGGAGACGUUCCUCUCCAGCUCUCCAGGGUGGCUGUGUGUGGGGAGAGCUCCGCUCUGUUCCCGGGGAGGCUGGUGGGCUUGGCAGCACGCUGCACUCAGAGUAGACUCCCGGUCUGCCUCCUCAACAGGAGAGCAGAGGAAGCAGCAUGAUCAUCCCACACGGUCUUUGUAGGACUUCAGGAGAAGGGAGGGUGAAGCCCUCCUUCUUUUCCCCUUCCCCAUCCUGUGGUCCCAAUGGCGAGGCGACAUCCCUACGGGCCUGCCCCUCCUGGGGCCCCGUCAGGCCCAAGCCUUGGCCCACUAAGGCAGGCCCACCUCUCCUCCUGCCCUCAGAAGGCACCUGAGCCCUCCCCCCUGGGCUCAGAACAAACUUAGGAGCUGGCAGAGAUGAAAGCACCCCCUACCAAUGCACCGAUGCCUGUGCGGGCCUGAACUGGGGAAUCCUCACCGGAGUCAGGCAGAGGCAAAUCCAGGAAGGGUUUGCAGGCCCUCCCCCACCCACCCUGGCCCCAGCGAGGUCUCAUUGAGCUCCUGAACUGGAAGUUGCAAGCUCUGACUACAAGGAGGGGUGGGGCCAGCCCAACCCCUGUGGGCAUGGAGCUAUCCCAGCAGCCUGUGGGUGGCAUCCGUCCUUGUAGGGAGGGCGAAUCAGGUAUGGUGCUGGCCAGCAGCUAGCCCAGCUUCUGGAGCACUGGCCAGUUACCAAUGGGGCCUCUGAUUAGAAGUCCCCUUCCACAUGCCCUCCCAUCAGCCUGGGGCAGUAGACAGGACCCAGUGCAUGCUGACUCCCCUCGUUCCUGCCCAGGGCCUAUGGCUUGAGGGCCACCCCUGUCCCUGAGACCCAGCCCUUUCCUCUUUGCCUUCUGGGCUGGGAGAGGGGCUUUUGAGGGGGACUGAGAUAGAGGGAAACUGAGAUAUGGGGGCACCAGGCAUGACCCGGGCCCAGCGGAGGGGCUGGAGGGAAGGUUGGAGGGCACCGGGGUCCUUGAAACUACCGGGAGCCGGUGGGUGCCCACGUGCAUGUGAAGGGGGGAGGCAGUACUGAGUUUCUUUCAAUAAACACUUACGACGUGCCAGUGAUCUGUCUGUCUGUCUGUCCUAGGCAGGGGCUGGCUGGGGGCGGGGCUGCGCUGCGCCCCGAGUGUGGCGGGGUGACUGUGCUGUCGGGCGUCUGUCCUGAGCGGGCGGCUGUGCGGCUGCUACUGCUGCGCUCAUGG